AUGCCCGCCACGCGUCCCGCUGUCCGAGCGAGCUCUAUGCUGAAUCCCGCCACAGCUGCAGCUGCUACUGCUACUGCUGCCUCACGGGCGGCGUCCAGCGCGCCAGAGCAUCCGCCAGCAGCCUCAGUCCCGCCCACGGCCUCGGCUCCGGUCCCGGCCCCUGCCCACGCUCCAGCAGCGACUGCCCCGCCUUCCGGCUCACACUCGCACCACCAACGCCCUCGUCCUCCGACCGAUCUCAAGCCCUAUGAGCCCAAACAUCGCCCGUUCCCCUUCUGCCGCUCGCUUGCCGAGUUUGACAAGGGCAACAAGGUGGGCGAUGGCCAAUUCGGAGAAGUCUUUCGCGCGUAUGACAAGCUGCACAACAAUCGUCCUGUGGCGCUCAAGUCUGUCAAGAUGCAAGAGGAGCAAGAAGGGUUCCCCAUCACCUCCGUCCGCGAAAUCAAAAUUUUGAGGUGGCAGUCCUCGCACGAGAAUAUUGUUCGACUGUACGAUCUCGUUCGAGAGGAAAGUCGCGACAAGCGACCAGAGACCUUCUACCUUUGCUUUGAGUUUAUGGACUGCGAUUUGGAGGCUUUGAUCAAGACUCCGACUGUUGUUCUUUCGUCCGGCAUCAUCAAAUGCUACGUGAAGCAGAUCAUGACUGGGCUCAAUCACAUGCAUCUCAACAACGUGGUGCAUCGCGAUUUGAAAGCUGCAAACAUUCUGAUCAACAACCGGGGUCAGCUUAAACUGGGCGACUUUGGUCUUGCUCGCGUGCUGCUCGAAAAGAAAAAUAAGGACAUGGAAGGCGGCUACACGAAUCGUGUCGUGACUCUCUGGUACCGCUGUCCUGAGCUUUUGUUGGGCGAUACUGCGUACAAUACCGCCAUUGACAUGUGGAGUGUCGGCUGCAUUGUCUAUGAAAUGUACACGCGAUCGACCCUGUUCCGCGAAGAAUCCGAGAUGGCAAUGCUUCGCAAAAUUAUCGAAUUGUGCGGGUCGCCUGCUGGUGAAAGCUGGCCAGACGUCGAAAAACUCCCCAAUUUCAAAGAUGUGUCGGGCCUCAACUGCAAGCGACGCGUUCGCGAAGCUUUAAAUUCAAAAAUCCAGGACCUGGAAGCAGUCAACUUGAUUGAUUGCUUGCUGACACUGAACCCUGCAAAGCGCUACUCGGCGACGCAGUGUCUCGAUCACGACUACUUCUGGAAGUCCCCGCUGCCCUUGAAGCCAGAAGAGAGCGCCAGCAGGCUCAAAUGCAUCGCGGUGCGACACACGCACCUGGCCAUCCAGGGCAAACCCACGGUCAUCCGGGGCAACCCCACCAUGGUCAUCCAGCGCAUCCACAGCAUGGACGGCAUCCGCCACCACAUGCCGCUGCGCCUGGCCAUGCUUCGGUACCGGCGUUGA